AUGGGGCAAGGCAGGGUGAGAGGGACGGUGGGGGAGAGGAUACGACAGCUGGAGAUCGCAGCAGCAAGCGCGGCUGCUGCUGCAGGCGUGGGGAGGGGGGCGGCUGCAGGGAGGAAAGGGAGAGGAGGAGCAGCUGGAGUUGCUGCUGCUGCUGCUGCUGCUGCUGCUGCUGCUGCUGCUGCUGCUGCUGCUGCUGCUGCUGCCGCUGCUGCCGCUGCUGCUGCUGCUGCUGCUGCUGCUGCUGCUGCUGCUGCUGCUGCUGCUGGUGGUGGCAGGGUGAAUGUUCGUAGAGAGUGGGGCCCCAAGGGGAGAAAAGCAGCGAUGCUUGCUGCUAGGGAGACAGGAGGAGCAGGGAUUGGCAGUGGGAAGGGGAAAUGCCACGAAAUUAGGGAGGAUGGGGACGGGGAUGGGGAGGGAGAGGGGGGAUGUAUUGGGGAGGAUGCACUGGGAAAGGGCUCGGGUGUUGGAGCGGGGGAUGUACCUGUGCUGACUGUGGGAGGAGCAGAAAGCCGGGAGGUUUUUGAGGGCACUGUUGUGAGUGUUGCUACCGUCCGUGGUGCUGGUACACGCGGGGCGGCAAGGGGGAGAAAGGGAGGGAAGAAGGGGAGUGCAGCGGAGGAUCAGCUUCCGUUUUGGGCGGCAGACUCGUUCUCCUUCCCCUACAUCACGCCAGCCACUCCCCUGCUGACACGUGGCAGCACCAGGAAGCGAUUCUUUGCCGCUGAUCUCUCGGUCGCUGCUGACGUGGCAUCAUCCAGUGGCCAAUCAGACGAUCCCGCCCCUGGAGCCAUCUACUUCCCUCGCCGUCUCCCCCUCCUCUACUCCUCCUCCCCUCCCUUCCCUCCUCCUCCUCCUCCUCCUCGUCGUCCCCGCAGCUCCCCCCAUUCCUCUCCUUCCUCCUCCCCUCCCCAACCCACAGCAACCGAACCCCCCAUCUGCAUGGCUCGCUCUUUCACCUUCACAUACGGCUUUUCCAUAAAUGUAUCCGCUUCCCAUGGACUCGCAUUCGUUAUAAGCACACAUGCGAGCGUGGGCCUAGGCGGGGCUUAUAUGGGGUACGGCCGGGACCCAUCCUCGCGACUCACUAACGGCAGCUGGCCGGACGGCGCGCGGAGUGUAGCUGUGCUAUGGCACCCACAGGCUGUAACAAACCCGGAAACUGACGAUCCAAAUGCUUAUCACAUAGGCGUUAACACCGAUUUCAACAUGACUUCGAUUUUCGAGGAGGAGGUGUCAAAUGUGGUGGAGGCAGAGGAGGUGUUGCAGAUGAGGGUUGACUAUCACGGGAGGAGCAAGGAGAUGCUGAUCAGAUGGGAGGGGGAAGGGGGGGAGCUGGGGGGGAGGGAAGGAGGGGGAGGGGUAGCAAGCCACGUGCCUGCUCUGAAGAGUGCUCCUCUGUUCCAUGACACCGACCCCUGCAAGGCCUCUCCCGUGCAGCCCUGUGGCACGGGUGCAUGCACCAAGGCACGUGCCCCGUGGGACCCGUCUAUCCUCGUGCCCUCCUGCAAGUGCCCCUUGAAGCUCCCCUCCUUCCAACCCUCCCACCUUGCCGGCCUGCCCUCCUGCUUCCCUGGUGAGCCGUGGACUGAGGUAGGCAAGAGGCGGAGAGCGGUAGUCUGCUGCUCACUCACUCUUGCUCUCUUCCCACUCUGCUUCCCCGAUUGUCUUUCCCCUUCCCUCGCCCUCCCUAAACCAGAUUCCUUCACAUGUCGCCAGUUCCCCCGCAACCCGUGUGCCCCGGGGGUGUGCAUUGAUGACAUAGAUGGCACCUACUCCUGCCUCUGCCCCUCGCCCUACUUCCCCUUCUACUUUUACCCCAAAGGCGCUGCCCGCUGUUACCAUUGUGCGUACCACAUGCCCAUCCGAUGGCUCUUAUCGUCAUGGCUCUCAUCACAUGCACCUCUGCGAUUGGCUGAGACUCGAAUGCCCACCUUCCUGUCGCCCUACGGCCUCACAUGCGCGCUCAUCCUCAACACGUACGGGCUCACCCAAGCAGACUUCUUCAGCCAAAACAAGGGGUUCCAGUGCCGAGCGCCCAUCCCUGUAGGCACUCUUGUUAACGUCACCAGCCGGGCUUUCUCCCAAUGCACUGCCAUGUACACUGCUAAUUAUGGUGACACGUGUGACUCACUCAACGCCCUCUUCUCCACGCAGAUACAGCCGCUCAACCCCGCCCUCACCUGCUCUGAUGGGCCCAGACCCGGCCAGCUCCUCUGUGUAUCCCUCAACCAGACGUGGCUAGAAGAGGGAAUGACCCGCAUAUCAUGCAAGCUCCAGGCCCAAAUCACCCCAGCCGUGACACAAACCCCGCCCACAACCUCACCCAGCCCUCAACCACCCCCUCCUCCUCCGCCUCUAGCCAACUACACGAGCGUAGGUGUGCUCGUGACGGUCCUCCAGGGCCCGCAGACCUGCCAGCAGCUGUGGCGGGCGUUUGCCAUCGCCUCCCCCACGCGCUUCUUCCAGAUGAACCCCGGCCUCUCGUGCAACUCGCUGCUGCCGCACAGCCCCCUGCAGGGCAACAUGAUGAGAAGGCGCUCCGACCUUCCGCCUGCAGCGCGGAAGCGCUCCGACCUUCCGCCUGCAGCGCGGAAGCGCUCCGACCUUCCGCCUGCACCGCGGAAGCGCUCCGACCUUCCGCCUGCAGCGCGGAAGCGCUCCGACCUUCCGCCUGCAGCGCGGAAGCGCUCCGACCUUCCGCCUGCAGCGCGGAAGCGCUCCGACCUGCCGCCUGCAGCACGGAAGCGCUCCGACCUUCCGCCUGCACCGCGGAAGCGCUCCGACCUUCCGCCUGCACCGCGGAAGCGCUCCGACCUUCCGCCUGCAGCGCGGAAGCGCUCCGACCUUCCGCCUGCAGCGCGGAAGCGCUCCGACCUUCCGCCUGCAGCGCGGAAGCGCUCCGACCUUCCGCCUGCAGCGCGGAAGCGCUCCGACCUUCCGCCUGCAGCGCGGAAGCGCUCCGACCUUCCGCCUGCACCGCGGAAGCGCUCCGACCUUCCGCCUGCACCGCGGAAGCGCUCCGACCUUCCGCCUGCAGCGCGGAAGCGCUCCGACCUUCCGCCUGCAGCGCGGAAGCGCUCCGACCUUCCGCCUGCAGCGCGGAAGCGCUCCGACCUUCCGCCUGCAGCGCGGAAGCGCUCCGACCUUCCGCCUGCACCGCGGAAGCGCUCCGACCUUCCGCCUGCACCGCGGAAGCGCUCCGACCUUCCGCCUGCACCGCGGAAGCGCUCCGACCUUCCGCCUGCACCGCGGAAGCGCUCCGACCUUCCGCCUGCACCGCGGAAGCGCUCCGACCUUCCGCCUGCACCGCGGAAGCGCUCCGACCUUCCGCCUGCACCGCGGAAGCGCUCCGACCUUCCGCCUGCACCGCGGAAGCGCUCCGACCUUCCGCCUGCACCGCGGAAGCGCUCCGACCUUCCGCCUGCACCGCGGAAGCGCUCCGACCUUCCGCCUGCACCGUGGAAGCGCUCCGACCUUCCGCCUGCAACGGCUGGAGGGGGGUGGGGGCCAUGGAACGAGCGGGGCAGAACAAGGGGGAGGAACGAGAAGUUCAAUUCGAAAGCGGGAAUGACUCAGCAGCGGAAGCCUCCGGUCUUCCGCCUGGAGCGCGGAAGAGCUUCGUUCUUCCGCCUGCAGCGCGGAAGAGCUCCGAUCUUCCGCCUGCGGCGCGGAAGAGCUCCGAUCUUCCGCCUGCGGCGCGGAGGAGCUCCGUUCUUCCGCCUGCGGCGCGGAGGAGCUCCGUUCUUCCGCCUGCGGUGCGGAGGAGCUCCUUUCUUCCGCCUGCGGCGCGGAGGAGCUCCGUUCUUCCGCCUGCGGUGCGGAGGAGCUCCGUUCUUCCGCCUGCGGCACGGAGGAGCUCCGUUCUUCCGUCUGCGGCGCGGAGGAGCUCCGUUCUUCCGCUUGCGGCGCGGAGGAGCUCCGUUCUUCCGCCUGCGGCGCGGAGGAGCUCCGUUCUUCCGCCUGUAG